AUGACUUCCCUACCAAAACCCCUUCGCGUUCCGUACAAAACAGUACAGAAUGUAGACCUACCAACAGACAUCUAUGUCCCUGAGCAGUCCAGCAAGUUCGCACCGGUACUCAUCAUGAUCCACGGCGGCGCUUUCAUGCUCGGCUCCUCAGAUCUCAACAACAAGGACCAGAUCCAAGACUGUUUGGAGCGAGGUUGGGUCGUCUUGGGGAUUGAGCAUCGCCUUUGUCCUGGUGUGAACGUUCUCGAAGGUCCUAUCACGGAUGUAAGAGAUGUGCUAAAGUGGACACAAAACGGUGGACUGGCAAAGGCGUUGAAAGACAAUGGAAACAAGGUAGUGCCGGAUGAAGAGCGUGUGGUGGUUAUGGGUACAAGUUCCGGUGGGCACUUGGCGUUGUCUACUGCAUGGGAUGUUCCCAAACGCCCCCUCGCGAUUCUCGAUUUCUACGGCGCAAAACACUUCAGAGACCCAUUCUGGUACGAAACUCUAGACAGCUUACCCGAACACUUUCGCGAACCCCGGCCCGAAGGGGAGAUAGAGGGUCUUUAUAACGAGAAAACAACAUUCGUCGGUGGUCUCUCCUUAGAAGGACAAGCCGCCGAUCCCUCGGCACCCAAUCCUAAAACUCGACAAGCAUUUGCAAUGCACCAGAUUUCUACUGGGAAAGUGAUCAAAACCAUCUGGCCCCAAACGCCAGAUAACUUGCAGCUCAUCGAUCCAGUACUCAACGUUAAUAAAGAUUGGCCGCCGGUUGCUAUUGUGCAUGGCACGGCGGAUAAAAUGGUGCUUAUGCGACUGAGCAAAGAGCUCGAAUCACAGCUCAUUGCCCAAGGCGUCGAGACGGAGUUUAUUGAAGUUGAGGGGGAACCGCACACUUUUGCUGGGUCCAUGAAGAAGGGGUCAAAGACGUGGGAUACACAACGCAAGGGAUUUGACUUCUUGGAGAAGAUCAUCACUACGUCUUACAAUAGCUAG